GGCUGUUUGCAUGUAGUUUACGAGAGUCGAGACACUUGCAAAAUAAACCUGAGACGUGUCGAGCUGCCUGUGAUGAUUAUCUGAAUUCGAUCGGAAACGGUGUCUUCAGUCUGAGGAUAAGCUACAGUUCAACAAACAACUAUUGGAUAUGGUUUGUCGUUAUCUACUAGACCGCAUAUCAUAUAUUAAUCCAACUAGUGGUAGGCAAUACAUUUGACAGUGUACUGUGUUGUAGCCUAUACAGUAGUCUUUGUUUUGCAUAAGAGGCAAGAUCAGAAAAUCGUCACUCUUACCCAGAAUAUUUCUUACACAUUAGUAACAUUAUCAUUACUUACACAUUAGUAACACUGUCAUUGAAAAAUAAGAAAUGGAUGAAUCAAACGGUUCUUCAAAAAGGACUAUUCUGUGUUUAUUUGACGUGGACGGCACUCUUACCCCACCGAGAGAGAAAAUUGACCCUAAGCUGGAUGAGUUUUUCCAGUCUCUGCGCAGGAAAGUGAAGAUCGGCAUAGUGGGUGGAUCAGACUACUCAAAGAUCGCAGAGCAGCUGGGUGAGGGAGAUGAAGUGAUACAGAAGUUUGACUAUGUGUUUGCUGAGAAUGGCACGGUGCAGUACAAAGAUGGGAAGCUCCUUUCCAAACAGGCCAUCCAGAACCAGAUAGGAGAGGAACUACUACAGGACCUCAUUAACUUCUGUCUCAGCUACAUGGGGCUGAUCAAGCUGCCCAAGAAAAGGGGCACCUUUAUCGAAUUCCGCAACGGAAUGCUGAACAUCUCCCCCAUUGGCCGGAGCUGCACACUUGAGGAGCGAAUCGAAUUCUCUGAAAUUGACAAGAGAGAGAAAAUCCGGGAGAAGUUUGUUGCGGCCCUGCAGGAGGAGUUUGCUGGGAAGGGUCUACGAUUUACUAGAGGCGGUGUCAUAAGUUUUGACGUGUUCCCUGAAGGCUGGGACAAGAGGCUCUGUCUGGACGUGCUGGAGGGGGAGGGCCUGGACGCUAUCUACUUCUUUGGCAACGAGACGUCGUCUGGGGGAAACGACUAUGAGAUCUUCAACGACCCGCGCACCAUUGGUUUCACAGUAUACUCACCAGAGGACACAGCCAGGCACUGUCGAGAGAUUUUCUUCAAAGCUCCCGCCAAUGAGUCGUGAUAAAUCGUGCAGCAGGCACUCUCACAGUCAGCCUCCCCUGGGCUCCCCCUGUUGUUCAGGGCAGGUACUAAGAGCACCUGAAGGAGAAGAGGUGGACAUGGGAGGUAAACCACUACAGAUUUGUUAAGUAAUCAAUGCAUUGUUGUUGUAUAAUAUUAUUCUAACUAGCACUGGACACAUAAAGGGAUCAUCAGUAAUUCACAUUGGCUGGACUCCCAUGGAAAUUACUAUGAGAUAUGGACAGAUCUGCUUUUUAACUCAAACAAUGUGAGAAAGUGUACUAAUGUUUUCAGUUUUUUAUCAUGACUAAGUGUUUCUCUAAGGUUUUAAUGUAAUAUCUGACUGUUUAACACCUAUCAACCCAAUGUUUUUUGUAGUGUGUGUCUGUAUUUGUAUGUAACAUCAAAUUAACCAAAAUGUCUUAUAGGCCCUCCUGUAAGACAAUCCUCUUUUGUGUAUAUCAUGUGAAGAUUUCUAUACAUUUUGAGUAUAUAAUGUAAAUACCCACUUAUGUUUUGCACUAAUAUUGAUACAGUUAUCUGACAAACUGG